CGUGCUCGCGCACGGGUAAGUUUGGUUUGGCGUUUUGGACGUUGUCUUCGUUUCUCCCCUCGCGCGAGGACGUUUAGUUCUAAGAGGAGUGGACAUCUUUGAGGAACUCGCGUGCUUAAAACAGCUCGCGCCCAAAGCGACUCUGCGCGUGCUUCCUUUCCAAGGUUUCUGCAGGCGGAGCGGAACAAUGGUAGGCAGCGCGCGCUGUUAACCCGGGUAUGACCAACAGCACGAGCCGCUGAGCACGUCGUGGUUCGAGAAGCCGAUGCCAUGAAGCUAAAUCCACCGGAAGCUCCGUUGUAUGGUGAGUGCCUGCUGACAGUUCAGCUCAGUGAGGAAGAGUGUGCUGAGGGUGAGGAAGAUGUGGAGUUCUACCUGCUGUUUUCUGGGACCACCCAGAGACACCUGACCACAACACUCAGGGUCAGCCAUGUCACACUGCAAGCAGUGUGUCCAGCGCACAACCGAGGGGAGACCGUGCAGGUGAAGCUCUGCCAGGCUCGGCCAGGGGGCGCCAUCGACCUCGUAGCUGAGGAGCACUUCCAAUUUGUCCAGGAUCUGGCGCUGGACAUGGCCCACUUCCUGGUGCGUGCGGCAGCGCACAAGGGCGGCCUACGGGGGGCGAUGUUGCUGGACGAGUGUCAGAUUCCUCUCCAGGAGUGUGAGAGGCUGGACGAGACGCUGACACUUGCUCUGAAACACCUGCCCUUGCCCAAGGGGUGGAGCGUCCUGGGGACAGACAUCACCACCCAGCUCAACACAGCAGAACGAGGGCCGCACGACACACUCCUGCACUUUGCGGCGAGGCAGGGCCUCCGCCGUGUGGCACUAUUCCUCCUGCAGCAGCCUGGAGGCAGAGACGCCCUGCGCUUCACUAACAAACAGGGGCACACGCCCGCCCAGCUGGCGCAGAAGAGGGGGCACUCUCGACUCCAGCACCUGCUCACCGACUUUGAGAACUCUUCUUGUUCUGAAGAAAAGCCAAGCAGGCGUUGUUUCCCAGGAGGCCGAGCACUCAUACACCACCCUGUGCUGAACACCUACACGUUGACGGUGGACAGCGAUCCUGGAGCCCCGCCCCCGGACCUGCGCGCCGACGUGGAAGAACUGCAGCGUCUGAUUGGCUCUCACUGCAGGGAGAAGGCUUGCUGCGUAGGGCCUGCCCCCCUGCACACUCUGGGGCUCGAGCCUAAGGAAGAGAAGUGCUCCCACUCCACACACAGCUCUGACGGAUGGCCAUGCCCCAGUGGAGCUGUGGAGACCGUCCAGUCAGAGGAAGGAGCAGCAGAGGGUGGUGGUGACCAGGCCGCUGAGGGUGUGUGUGUGGGAACCCCACAGGAGUGUGUAGCUCUCGGCACAAUUUCCUGCACAGAACAACGCCUGGAGGAAGCAGAUAAAGUGCUGGGUGUAGUUGGAGGGGAGCAGGAGUCAUCACACCUCCGCCCCAGCCAGAAACGGCCCCUGGCCAACCACAGCGGAGCCCAGAGUCAAACGCGAAGCACCGCGCAAUCGGACUGCGGGGGUGAGGGAGCCAUGGGCCAAUCCCACGGAGUCCUGCCCACAGAGACCCCUCAGAGGAGGGAGGGUGAGGUGGGAUGGAGGAUGGGGGACUUACCAGGGAGGGAGGGGGAGGAACCCUCCAGCUUAUCCGCACCGCACAUCGGAUCUUCAGAGGACGGCACAUGGGUGGAGAACUCGGAGCGCUCCGACAUGCCUGCUGACUCGGAUCAGGGAAAUGCACAGGCCGGGCGGGAAAUCGUGCAACCUUCCGAAAGCAGAGAGGAUCCAGGAAGCCACAGCGCCCAGACGGAGGCUCCAGGGAGCGCUCAGCUGGAUCCAGAGAUGGAGGAGUCAGACGCUGCCAGCCUCCAGACCACCAUGGUCCCCGGACCCGAUUUCGACGCCCACCGGGGCACAACAUCUGAGGGCGGGGCGUCACAUGAUCACCCACAAAACAGCUCCCGAACAGAGCCCGCCCCCCUGAGUGUCGAACAUGCGAGCACUACAGGGAAGACGGCGCUUUGUGACGAAAUCGCCAAAGGAGAAGUCGACGGGUUCCUUAAUGAGGAGCACAGGCAAAAUCUGGACGCCAGCAAACCAGCACUGGUCAUUUCUGUCCCGACUGGAGAAGAGACGCGCAAUGAUGCGACACCCAUCGGACAAACGCCGUCUGACCGUGACAGAAAAUCUCCAGAUGACGGAGAAGUUUCCUCUCCAGAAACAGAACCUGUUACAGGAAGUGAGUCCCAACCUAUGACCUGUUCAACGUCUCCGCCUGUAGCUGGAGAAACUCCGUCUGCUCCAUCUGAAUCUGAACUUCCUCAGGAGUCUCGUGUCAUGAACCCUGUGGAGCAGAAGCCAGAUGAACCUCCCAGACCUCCAACAGCUCUGGACCCCACCCAGGACCACACUCCAUCAGGGGGACACGGCUCCCAGACUCAGGAAGCAGCCGCUGCAGGGCCUCCUGGUUCUGAAGCUCCAUCACCCCACCAGCCCCUGGAGAUUGAGGAGACCAGGGAGGAGUGUGAGAAGCUGCCUGCUGCUUCUGCUGAGGGGUGUGAGGGAACAGAACCGUCAGCACCACCUCCUCCACCCUGUGGCCUCGACUGCCAGGAUGACAGCAGUGAAACAUCUCUUGACCCCCAGACUGAGAUCACAACUUCCAGUGUGACCUCGGGGGCAGCUCCAGUGCAGAUUGAGACUGCGGUGUCCAGUGAUUCAAGCAUGACUCUGGACAGAACCUCCACCUCUGACCCCCUCAACUUCUCUGAGGUGUUAGACCCUACCUCCCCACUGGAUAUAGAGAGUGGUACAGCCAUGUAUUUGGCUAUCAGCUCCCCUGUUGAAGUGGAUGGUGGUUUGGCCCAGGAAAUGAACUGUGGAGGUCCAGAGACACAGAGCAGAGAGGAACCGCACCAGGAACAGCUGACAGAUCAGCCCAGUGAUUCAGUAUCUGCUGUGGGGGGGGAUCCUCAAGGCUCCUUAAAACACACAGAUCCAUCUGAGGUGCAGGACAGAGGAGGGUUUGAAUCUGCAGGAAGGAACGCACCGACUCCCUCUAGUGGCAGACUGGGAUUACCACAUGGAUGGCAGGUCCGCAGGGGGCCGGAGGUGUUCUGUCCUGUGGGGGAGGUGUGCUCUCCAGUUCUGACGGAGCAGCCAGGAACAGAUCUUUCCCCUGAGGAGAUGUGUUUGUGUGUGUCUGUGAACUCCCUGCCUGCACUAGACUCUGUCAGUGAUGGGGACUCACUACUUGGGCCAGAGACUGAUGAUAGUGUCUUCAAACAGAUUGAGGACACCAUCACUCUCGCAGGAGACAGCACCAGUGGGAUCUCAUUGACUGGAUCCAUCUCCACAGACGACUCCUCCGCUGGAGACACGUCCCCAGUGGGCGGAGCCGAGGAGGGAGAGAAGCAGGAUUGCCUGAUGGAGGUGCCGGAGCGUUCAGUGAUCGUGCGCACCAGUGCACGUGCUCUCUCUCCAACACGGAGACACAGCUGGGAGGCAAACCGAAACUCUGCCCGCGAGUCCGACAUGGACCAGCGCAGUGUUGUACAGAAUUUGGAGGAAAUGAAGUCUGCAGGACACAGGAGGAGUAUGAGCUGGUGUCCCUCCGAUGUCCACCGCCCUGAGACAGAUGAGAUGAACGCCAGAAGCUACAGUCUGGAGGGGCUGUCAGAUGAGCGUGAGGGGGAGGGGUCUAGCAUGCUUGGCUCCGCCUCUCCACGGGAGCCCAGCUGCCCGUCCAGACUGGCCAAUGAGGAAAGAGGAUCCCUGGUGUCUCUGACCGAGGAAGACCAGGAGGAAGACCUCGGGGAUGCCAGCAGCGUGGACAGCCAGAGGUCGGCUCAGGGCGGGUGGUGUUCGGGUCCUCCAGCGCCACUCAACCUCACCAAGUCUGUCUCCAUGUCCGCCAUCAGUCCCCGAGAUCUGGACGACUCUUUGAUGCCACUGUCGGGGACACUGGAGUCCAGUAUAUCAGAGGAGGAGCCUGGCCCUUUAAGGAGUGACAGUGAAGCUAGAGUGGGUGUGACCAAAGUGAGCCGCACUUUCAGCUACCUCAAGAGCAAAAUGACCAAGAAGAACAAGGAGAAGGACCGAGAGAAGAAUAAAGAUGGCAAAGAGAAGGAGAAAUGGAGCACCAAUGGGCAUAUAUUUAGCCCCGCCUCUACUCCGCCCCAUCUCUUUAGCCCCGCCUCUACUCCGCCCCCAAUCCCUUGCCUUCAGUGCAACAAACCAGUCAACAAUAAAGAUGCUCUGCUGUGCACAAGUACGGACAUACACCUGCCCUUCUCUCUCACAAUCUCUCGCUUUCAUCCUGCUUCCUGUUUUCUGCUGGGCACUGAACUCAUGGAAAAAGUGAGUGGAGCUGAUGUGGUUGAUGGAGCUGAUGUGGCUGAUCAUGGCUGAAAGAUUUGAGACUGACUAAUUUUUGUAAUUUGUCACAGUUUGAUGCUUCAGUUUUUAAGAGAUAAGAUGAAUUGCAAUUAAUUGCAAAGUCACUUCCAUGAAAAUUAACUUAAUUACAAAAAUUACUGCAUUGCAGUCCUGCCACCAAAUGGCCUGCUAACGUCAUUUCCGUGAUCCUCUCGUUAGCUGAGGAGAAGUGUUAACUAGGACAAGGCAGCUGAUAUCAUUCUGUCUGAUUAGAAGAUUUUCUUCUGGUAACUGUGGUUACCUCUAUGGAAACACAUGCAGUUAUCAUUGCAUUAAAAGGGCUUCACAGGUAAGGACAUUGCUGCUUGUAAGAGAGCACUUAAAUCAACCAUUUAUCCAAUCAACUGCAGUGAAGAAGGCUUCAGGGCACCCAAGACCGUCAAGCAAGUGUGGCCAGAAAACUCCCCAGAUCUCAAUCGCACUGAGAACCUGUGGUCUCUCCUCAAAAAGAGGGUGGACAAACAAACAAUCAGUGC